AUGGCUGUUCCAUUUGGAUUAUGGGAAGUUGCUGUCGUCGCCUUCUUCGGCGCCGUGCUUAUAUGGCCAAUCUUCAGCUACUUCCUCGACCCUAAGAAGCUGCGUCGCUUCCCAGCUCCUGGAAUCGCUGGGUUUUCGAAUAUCUGGAUGAUGUACCAUGCAUACAGUUUCCGACGACCAAUGGCUACCCAUGAGGCCCAUCAGAAACUUGGUAAAAUAGUGCGAGUCGGCCCGAAUCACGUCUCCUUCAUCGGUCAGCAAGCCGUGAAGGACAUCUACGGCCAUGGAACGCCAGCCCAGAAGGACAAAUUCUACAUCUCUUUUACGAGCACACAUGAAAGCAGCCUAGAUGUGACGAAUCGCCAAGCGCACAGCGAGAAGCGCAAACGUCUAGCCGCUGCAUUCUCGCUGAACCGAAUUGCAGAUAUGGAGCACUUGGUGGUAGACGAUGUCCAAAGGCUCCUUAAUCGCUUUGACAGAGCAGCUGCCACCAAAGGGCUGAUUAACGUGCGGUGGUAUAUCAAUAUGCUCCUAUUUGACCUCACCGGACAUCUGGUUUUCAGCACAUAUCUGGGAUGUGUGGAGCGCGGGGACGACAUGAUGGUCGCGCAGAAGUUGGAUGGCACCCUCUAUCAGACCAAACCGGCAAACGCACUUCGCAAUUCGUUGCGUAUCGGUUCCACCAUGGGAUGGAUCCCAUCACACUUUGGUUUGCUCAAGCGACUCACAUGGUGGCAUCCUGGUUGGAAAGGUGGCGCAGACUUUUCAUCUAUUGUGUUGCAUAUGGUCCGCACCCGGCUCGAGAUGGAGAAAGAGGACGGUGAACGGAACGACUUCUUCCAUUCCUUGGUCUGGAACAAGGAUCACGAGCCCUUGGGCCUGGAGAUCGGUGAGAUGGUUGCAGAAUGUGGCCUUUUGCUAAAUGCUGGCUCUGACACAACCACGAUUGUCCUCGUCGGCACCAUUUAUCUUCUGACCAAAUGGCCCCGCGUCGGUGAGAGGCUCCGAAAGGAGCUGGAUGAAGAAUUGGAUAGCCAGGAUGAAGUCGUCGCCUAUGAAAGUGUUAAGAAUCUGCCCUACCUGCGGGCUUGCAUUGAUGAGGCGAUGCGCAUGCGUCCGCCACUCCGCGGUGGUCUCCCCCGGGUCACGCCUCCGGGGGGGCAUGAUGGUGGAGGGAGAGUGGAUUGCGGGAAACACCACCGUCUCUACCUUUUUGAGGAUCCGUACACAUACAAGCCGGAGCGUUGGCUUGCGGAGGAUGCGGCCAACCUGCAGCAAGUGUUCCUUCCUUUCUCUGCCGGUGGACGAGGCUGCAGAACACUGAUGCGUCGCUAUGAAUUCGAGUGUGAAUCUCCGAGCUUUGAACUGGAAACAAAGGAUACGGUCAACGCACAUCCUGGCACCAUGAUGAUGCGAAUCCAUCGGCGAUUUCCCCCUGAAGAAGUUACUUCCAAGGUUAGAAAGGAUAUGUCUGGAUUACAGUGA